GCUCACAUACACCACUCACACACAACGCCUCGCUCUGUCUGCACGCAGAGAGGGAAACGGAGCUCCGCUUAGGAGACGAGACGAGAGGAACGAUCCGCUCCACAGUAUUUAUAUGAGUUAUUCUAAUCCCUCUACAAACCAAGAGUUGCACAUGACUUUGGAGCAGAACUUUAUUUUUUUGUUGCAUUUGACGGCAGAAGAAACUACUCUUCUCACAGCUUCUGCGAAAGAGGAUCUUCGGGGAGCUUUUGUUGACUUUCUUCUUUGAUAUUAAGAAUUAAAUCUUAGGAAUAUAUACUUUAUUUUUGGGUGCCGUUCACAACAAGUGCCAUGGCCUCAAGCGGGACCAUGUUACCGUCAAUCUCUACGUUUGCAAACCACAAGGAAAAAAGCUGGGAAGAUAGGUUCAAGGUGGAGCUGGGCAAUCUCGACCCCGUCAUGAUUGACGGCGAGGGCCCCGGAGGAAAAGACGUGGAGGACCUGGAGUUCCUGGACCUGGAGUUCAUCCUGGCCAACUCAGUCGCCUCUGACCUGGGCUCAUCCUCGGCACACGGGCUAGACGAGUCUUUCCGACACCAGGAGGACCCCUGCGCCGCCUCCAUGUACCAGCAUCACCUCCACCAGCACCAGCAUCACCACCAGCAGCCGCCCAACUACGCCUCUCUGCAGCCUGAGAUCAGCAGCCCGCCGCCGCCUUACAACAACAACAGCAGCCUGAUGGCCGAGCUCCUCCACUCGGACGUGGUGGACCCUGGCUUCUGCGGGAGCGGGAGCCCCUCCAACGGGAUCCAGGGUCGCUUCCUGGUCUCCACGUCGCCCUUCCACAGCGGCACUCAGGACUUAUUGUUCGCGGAACCACUGGGCAUCAAAGUGGAGCCCGCCUCUCCGAGGGACACUUCGUCGUCGUCCUCCCCGUCGUACGGAUCCGUCCUGGCCAUGGUGCCCCAGAACUGCACCAAAAUCAAGCACGAAGGCAGCGUGUCGUGCAUGAUGUCGUUCGAGCCGCAGCCGCGCUCGGCGACUUCCCCACAGGCUGCGGUGGGCAGCAUGACCCCGCCCCUUAGCCCGGUGGACCUGAUGAGCUCCGAGGGCCACCAGCAGCAGAUGUGCCGCGCGACGUCUCUCACCUACCCGCAGGGCUUCCACCCUCACCACCGCACGCCUACAGGGGGAUACCCGGGCAUGCAGCUACCGUUCCCUCACCCCCACCACCACCACCCCCACCCCCACCACCACCACCAGUUCCCCGGCAUGUACCACGGCGAGGACGCCGCCCUGGGCAUGCAGCAGCAGCAGCAGCAACAGGGGCCAGGCAGCCAACGGGUGCUGCUCACUCCGCCGUCCUCCCCGCUGGAGAUGUUGGACACCAAGCCGAAGAGGGGCCGCAGAUCGUGGCCAAGGAAACGGACCGCGACGCAUACCUGCACGUACGCCGGUUGUGGAAAGACGUACACAAAAAGUUCGCAUCUGAAGGCGCACCACAGAACGCACACCGGUGAGAAGCCAUACCACUGCAGUUGGGAAGGCUGCGGCUGGAAGUUCGCCCGCUCUGACGAACUCACACGCCACUUCCGCAAACACACAGGCCACCGUCCGUUCCAGUGUCACCUGUGUGAGCGGGCGUUCUCCCGCUCCGACCACCUGGCUCUGCACAUGAAGCGACACAUGUGAGGAUGCUCACACAAGACCUGAGACCGGAAGAAAUAAAAAACAAACAAAAGACUUUUGUGACGACGAAACGCUUCACCAAAGCAUCUUAUGAGAGGGGACACUUUGUUGUAAUAUAUGUGUUUAUUUAAUUGCUCUGGUUAUGUUUUGCAAUUGUGAGACAACUUUGACUAUCAAAGAAAGAAAAACAACCAAAAAAACACAACACGCAAUAUCCAGUCAUGACAGAAACAGUUUCAUUCUGUUUGGACAAAACAUUUGAGACAGAUUUGUAGCUGGUACUACUGUAAAGCCAUACUGUGUGUUCCAGUCGACAGCACAUCAGGCAGGACCUUUCAAACACUCAGCACUGAAACAACUGGAAGCAGACAAUCUAUUGAAGAGCAUUGACCUCAACCGAAAGCAAUAAGCCAUUAUGCAUUUUCACCCUUAGUGCCUUUGAUAACAUAUAACACACACACCUUACAAAGUGCCAUAUUCUGCACUGGCUAGAGACAAUCAGAAGAAUUUGUUUUUUAUACUAAUUAUGUGUUAUAUUUUGUAAUUUGUAAAGAGCACAUGAAAUAAGCUUUAAGACAAUGUUUUUUUUACUAAAACUGCCUCUUCGGCCCUUCCCUGUGUGGAGGCUUGAACUGAAUGUUGAUUGUGCGAGUGUUCUGGAAUAGUGUUGGAGAUACAGUCAGGGUCCUACCGUAGGAACCAGGAACUCUGCAGCGCAAGCCAUCUCAACCUUGACGUGAUAGUCAGCGGGCUGCACGCCUAGCCCGUGGCAUUAAGACAUGUUUGUUUUGUCUUCGAUAAGUGUACUGUGCCUUGUAAAUAGUUCCCUUUUUUUAAUAUAUAUAUAUAUUUACAUAUAUAUAUAUAAAAUGUAAAUAGUUUAUUUUAAUGUACAUAUUAAACUAAUUGAAGAACAACAUCAAUCUUGUCUGCCGAGU